AAGCACUCUGAACAACUUACUGAUACUGAGAUCUAUGUCUCGGACACCGAGGCGAGCCGAGGGUCAAGAGAGACCGUGGUCGUCAAGCCAAUCAAGACCUGGAAAGGCUAUAUCUGGGAUACUUGGGAGUUGCCGCCAGAUCAACGAUGGCUUUUGUUCAAGGUGGACGCAUUCGUCUUGACUUUCGCCUCGCUCGGCUACUUUCUCAAGAACAUCGACCAGACCAACGUCAACAAUGCCUUUCUGAGCGGCAUGAAGGAAGACUUGAACAUGUAUGGGAAUGAGCUAGUUACAAGUCAGUAUCUGGACCAAAAUUUGCGAGACAAUGCUCACCCACGACUGCAGGUNACGUCAAUCUGGACCGUAGGCUAUGUGAUUGGUCAAAUCCCGUCGAACCUGCUCCUGACAAGAGUCUCGCCAAGAUGGAUUAUACCAUCUCUCGAAGUGGGCUGGGGUAUUGCUACCAUAUGCACAUCCCGUGUUGAAUCGUACAAGGCGCUGUAUGCUCUGAGGUUCCUCNNAUCCGGCUUUUACCCAGGCAUCCACUACAUGCUGGGCUCGUGGUACACUCCGAGAGAGAUCGGUAAGCGAUCCAUGAUCUUCUGGCUGGCAGGCUCGGUUGGAAACAUGUUCAGCGGCUUCCUGCAAGCCGCUGCUUACAAGAACCUGAGCGGCGUCCAUGGACAUGCGGGCUGGCGGUGGUUGUUCAUUAUCGAUGGCAUCAUCACCAUACCGUUGGCUCUCAUGGGUUAUAUCUUCUUUCCGAACCUACCUCAGGAUAGCAAGAAGACAUGGUGGACGACCGAGAAGGAGCAUGUGCUGGCUACUGAACGCAUGAAAGCGGUUGGUCGUGCGGGCAAGCAACCUUGGACAAAGGCCAAAGUCCGGUCGAUCUUACUCAGCUGGCACACUUACCUUCUUCGUAAGAUAUCCUAUCGUCGAGUGUUAAACCUGGCUGACUUGCGCAANGCGCUACUGUAUGUUGUGUGGAACAAUGGCUCCCCGCAAGCAGGCAUGGGGUACUGGUUGAAGAGUUUCAAUGCUAAGCCAGCACCGGUGCCUGGUCGAAAGUACACUGUGCCGCAGAUCAACAACCGUAAAAUUUACCACUGGCAUACGUUUUCAAGUGCUCGAGAACUAACGUUUGUGCANGUGCCGCUUCCGACGACGGCGAUAUUCAUCGUCAUGGCGCUCUCUUGGGCGUGGCUUUCGGAUGGACCGCUGAAGGGCGCUCGUUGGCCGUUCAUAUAUGCAGGCGCAAUCAUCACCAUGCCUCUGUACUCGGACAUCACGGGGCGCAUGGUCGUAUACUGGUUCGCCAACAUUGGUGUACGUGAUGAUUGUGAACUGUAUCGAGCUUCGAGAGCUGACCUGGGUGCGAUANNGAUGGGCGCGGGCCCACUGAUUCUGAGUUGGAUCAACGAGAUAUGCUCGGCCGACACAGAAAAACGGGCUCUUCUGGUCGCGAUGGCGAACGACCUGGCCUAUGUCGUGCAAGCCGUCGCGCCGAACUUUGUGUGGAAGACGACCGAGUUUCCAGCCGCCCACAAAGGAUACACGUGGGUCGCAAUCAACAAUGAUGCGAUUGUGAUCGAUGGCUCGGAGGUUGUCACGGUGAAGCCGUGA